ACUUCACACACUUCACAUAAUUCAUAUAUAAAUUACACACUUGUGUGUGUGUCUCUUUCUUCCUAUUCUCUACUACUAUCUUAUACCUUUCAUAUUCAUAUUGUUAAAUUAAAUUGAAAUUUUUAGGAUGUUGUCUAAAAUGGACAUGGAAGGAAUUCUAAGCACAAAGGAACAUGGUAAUGAUGCAAGUCAUCUCAUCAAAGGGAAGCGAACAAAACGGUUGAGACAGUUGUCACCUUGCACCGUGGCAACUACCACGGUGACAUCAAGCUGUUCGAGUGCCACUGGAGGUGGUGGAUCUUUUUCAUCCACCACCUUCGAUGACACUGAACAAGAAGAGGAAGCGGAUAUGGCUAAUUGUUUGAUUCUCCUAGCCCAAGGAAGAACGGGAGAAGGAGGAGGAGGAGGAGGAGGAGAAGAGAAUCAAUAUCGACGUGCUCAGAGCCACCACUAUGAUAACAAACACCAACAGCAACAAAUGGACGGUUAUAACAAGAUAGCAACAACUGAAAAAGCAACAAAAAACGGUUUUGAAAGUUAUGAGUGCAAAACUUGUAACCGUUUUUUUCAUUCAUUUCAAGCGUUGGGUGGACAUAGAGCAAGUCACAAGAAACCAAAGAUGAAAGAAGAAAAACAAUCUUCACCUUCGCAACCGCGACAAAUCGUUACCACAACCGGUGAAUUUGAAGAAGAAAACAACAAAAUCCACACCAAGAAUAUUACUACUAUCAAUCCUCUUGUUCCUCCAGUUUCGCUUGAAUUAAGGUGUGGUGUUAAUAUUAAUUUCAAGCCCAAUAAGCUCAAUAAGAUUCAUGAAUGUUCGAUUUGCGGCGCGGAAUUCACCUCAGGUCAAGCAUUGGGUGGUCACAUGAGGAGACAUAGAGCUUCUAUUGAUAAAAGUAACAACAAAAACAACAACGUUGUAGCUUUUGAAGCUGUUCAUGUUAAGUCUAGAAAUAUUCUAGAAUUGGAUCUUAAUUUUCCGGCACCGGAGGAAGAUAUCUCGGAUUCGACGUUUCAGUUUCCGGCGAUGGUGGGGUGCCAUUAUUAGGCCAGCUUGGGAUGAAGAGGGAGAGGGAAUUAUAUUUUAUUUAAUUUGAUCAACUAUGAUCAUUGUGAAUUAAUUAUGAUUAUUAUCAUUAUUAUUGUUGUUAGCUUUAUUUUAAUUUACAAUUAUUCGAAAUUAUCGAUUCAUUGGAAUUUUUUUUUU